UAAUAAGUUGAUAGAAUAAAAAUUGCAUUUUGCGUUGUACAUAUGUUGCAUUAAAAUAACUAAUCACAAGUAGAUUACAUUUAAAUAAGCGCUUUUGUAAAAUAUUUUGUUACAUAGGCGGCAAACGCGAAUAGUCGCUGUUGUUGAGAUAGAUCAGUCUUGAAAAACCAGCGUUUUUUACGCAAUGAUCGACGGGCGAAGCGAUAGUAAGCGAAACAAUCGAGACGUUCUCCGUCUCGACGCUCUUGUCGUAAUCUCAUGAAUAUGCAUGGAUACUUUCCUUCGUGGCUGGUAACGCCGAAUCUGGGUAUAUGGAGCGAUCUUUCUUUUGAGAUAAAUCGAUAAACGACUUCCUAUUACUCUGAUGAAUUACCGGAGAUUCGUACGUGUCGCCGGGCCAAACGACGACGGCGCGAUGUCGUUUAAAGCAGCCGAAGGCGAAACUUCGUCUAUCGUUGCGGAAACCGCGCACAGACACAGCGAUAAUAAAUUUCACAUUCACCACAUUGGGUAUCGCGUCGCGCCAAUAAUGGAACACAAAACAUAUGCGCUAAAUAACUCGUGUGACUCACCUUCACUGCGUUGACCCAGUGGUGAGGUUUAGUCAUAUAGUAUGCAUUUAUGAAAAAAUGGUGCGGCUUAAGCUGACGGCUGAUAUAUCGAGCGCUGUUAGAUCUCGCACAUAAACCGAGACUUACUUUCGGUUAUUUUGAGUGAGAACGUAACGUAUUUAAACUUCUACCUGUCGACAUUCAACGAAACAAUUUAUUAACGCGUACGGUGCUAAUACAUCAAAAUCAAGAAAUAUUUUUAAAUAAAAGAAAAAAGAAUAUUCGCCGAGUGUCUUAUAAAAUUAACGAAGCAAUUAAUCUCACCAUAUCCGCGGAGCUAUUCUUCUAUAUGGGCGAAAAUAAAAAUCGAUCGAGCCGUGUUACAUAAUUAUAACUUGGCGCUAAUCGCUUCGUGGUAUUCUCAUAGGCUGCAAAGGCCACUGGGGCAAAGAAGACAGGAGCGUACAGGAAUGUCAAAGUUUACCCCGGAGUAUCCGCGAUUGAGCAGUCCGGCAAACUGUAAAGCAAACGCGCGACAAAAAUGCGAUCCGUUUGGCCGUUGCAAUGGAGAUAUUAAUUUAAAUCGAUUCGCCGAGAGAACGGCGAAACGAUGCAAGCCAGUUCUAUUCUCUGGUAACAACGAGGAAGACGAAUUGGGGCGUGUACGCGUCGUUCGAGAGAUAAAAAUCGCGGCCCGCGGUUCAAUCGGGCUAUCGCGCACUCGUUAUGUCAGUUAAACGUCGAUGCAAUGCGUGUUCAAUUGCACGUGCUCUCGUGUAACGCACGAUAAACGUCAUUUAACUUUCCGGUCUCUCCGUUAAUUAUUACCGAUGGCCGAUUUAAUUAUUAUCCGCUCCCACGAAGCUUCAUUAAACGUUAAAUUAAUUUCUAUCACGAUCAUCUAUUAUAUCUACUGUACUGCGUUUCACGGUCCGUUACAAAUGCAUUAUUCACAGAUACGUAUCUAUAAAUGAAACUCGUUGCCAGAAAGGUUGAAUAAUUCUCAUCGCGAGUAAAUUAUUUAUAAAUAUGUUAUAUGUAAAGAAAAAAUAGAAAUAUCGCGUGUUUACCCUUUGUCGUCUGAAAAGAAAAAUACUCAAAUGAUACUUUAAACGAUUGUUUGAUAAGUAGAAAGAAUGGUCGGGCUGAUUUCGUUGUUCUCGCCAAACUUAAUUCAUCGAAUCUGUUCCCCCUUUGCGAGGCCGAGUAAUUUCAUCUUUUCGAUUGGACGACAGAAAACUUAAUUACUACCUCGCUCGUCGGCGUACCUCUGCGGGCAAAGCAAGAGUUUUGUUUCGAAAAUAAGCUGAUGGCCAUUCUUGAUGAAAUUUCCAAAGCGGGUUACGCUCUUAUCGAACCGCAUCAUUCUCUUCUUCCAUUUCGUUGAACAUCGAUGCUGCCUCACGCAACGUGCACGUAUUUCCUCGUGUACUCCGCUUUUAACGUCGUCUUAAUGACCUCUGCAAGCAUCAUGCGUCUGUCAUAAUUUUAUAAGUCUCUUUUUCGCGGCUGUACACACACACACACACGAGGGAGAAGUGGCAGUUUAAUUUCACUUUCACUUCGGACUUGCACUUCGGACCUUUGGCGAUUCUGGUGACAGAGAGUGCAGAGUGCGGGUACGCAUCGAUGUCUCUGAUACGUUUUAUUACAUACGGGCGGAUGUGCUUAAUUGAGUGAAAACAUUAAGAGACGUGGAUUAAUCAUCUCUCGUGAGAGGCGCACAGGAGAAAACCGUUUCGCCGUUCUAACGGCCUCUUAACCUUUUAUCUGGUGUAAUCCAGCUCCUCUUAUAAUUGUAAUAUAUUGCCAUGUCUUCUCGAAAAAGGCAUUAUAGUUGCGGAAUCGCUGUACUUCGAAGCGUUGAUACUUUAUGAAUUAUGCACGUGGCUCGUGACUCUUUUUUGAACAGCGUGAAAAAGUGAAAGAAAAAAGAAAAGUGAUAUAAUUUCUGAUAUUUUCUAAAACCCCAUUAUGUCUUUGUUUAUAUAACGACGGGGAAGGAUAGCUCGUGCAAUUUUUUAUAAAAAUUAUUGCCUGAAAAUGUAACUUUCUCUGCUCUGUUUCACGCAGACCCGAAGUUUCGCCAAAUUGCAUUCAAACUGGCUGAGAUUCACCAGUGGGUAAAAGUGCGAUCUUGCAAAAUUCAAAGUGCUUCGCAAUCCCGAGUUGCUAAUUAUUACCGUCAGCUCGUUUUUACAUUCCUCGAGGAGUAGUCUGGGAAAAAUUAUGUACAUUAAUAAACCACUUAUAACUGCGCUCUCUGUUCAAAUUCAAAUUGUAGAGUAAGCAGUAACUCCUCACCCAAAUUUCAAUCGUGCCAAAUGAACCACGUCAAUGUGUCAUCAGUUAUGAUAAACAUCAUCUGGUAUCCACAAAAUGUGCACGCUGUCAUACAGUUGUUCUUUUGACCCUCCUGUUUCACUGCUCAUUCCAAAAGCAUAAUUCGAGUUAAUCGUCAAAGCAGCUUGGAUAAUUAUGACAAUCGUCUGCGUUAUUAUGAUGUCCGUGCAAGGUGUCCGCCUCCGUAUCGAGACGCGACGAAGCGAAACGUAUGCGGGACGGCCGAGGCUGGUCGGUCGCCCACUCGCUGUCUGGAGGAAGACGUGCGCCCGCCGUCCUUCCUGAUCGGCGAGAAGGAGUGAAUUAUCGAAUCAAGAUGCACGUAGAGAGGGAGAGAAGGUUCAGAACACCGGUAGAUCAAGGUGCUCGUCUGGUGCAAAUCAGGUGGGGAUGAAGGCCGCUGGCUUCGCUCGUGCAAACACCUCGACGGCCGCACACCUAGACCCACAUAACGAGAUACGUUACAACGCGGUAACGACGGCUUCGUGCACGGAGAUGUGCACGUGCGGUCGGAGACCGGUAGUUGCGACGACGACGACGACGAGCUUCCUCGCGCAAAUCGAGAUAGGCUUCUCAGUAUCCCAACGUUCGCAAGAUGCGAAUGUUGUUUCACGGUGCGAAAUUGAAUGGGACAAAAGAAAUAUCUCUCUCGCAUCUACGGCGCGGUGAAAUAACAGUGGAUAUUAUCGCAAGAAAGCAUUUUAAUUUAUGGAGAUACCCGAGAUACGCUUGCACAGGACAUCACUGAUCCAGGUAGCCGCCCAGAGAUGUGGUCACGCACGCGGCUCUUCCUCCUGGCAUCGACGCUCGCGUUACUGAUCGGCACUCGCGUUACCAGGUCGCAGCGUCCGCGACUCGGCGGCGCCGUGAACGUCUUCAGCCGUUACGGUUACCUGAGCAUCAGCAUGCGAGUGGUGCCGCGCAACGAUACGGAGACCUGGAUAUUCCGCGAGCCCACCCUCGACGUCUUCAAGAAUUCCACGCCGUUACCGCCCAAGCUACGCCAAUCGAGCAAAAGCGGCAUCGCCGUCUUCGACGGCGACUUCCACAUGGAAUUUUGCGACAAUAUCAGACAGCUGCUACAGGCCUAUUUCCGUGACUUCACUUUCGAGAAGCUCGAGAGGCCAUGGCGUGCCUUCACCGGCAGUUGGUCGAAGACGGCCAUAGCCAGGCACCUCGGCAUAAACUCGUCCUUCAUCACGGGCGACCACUGUUACGUCCUAGUGCGCGUCGCUAGAUUCCGCGAUAAUCAACGACUCGCCGGCACCGCCGAGACUCUCGUCCUCGACGAUUCCGUGUUGCGGCAAACCGAGAACGUCUCGGUCAACGAUACCGCGAGCGUGGUGCGAUUCAUUAGGAACUUCGGUUCGCACUACAUCGCUUCCUAUGUCACGGGAAAUUCGCUCUAUCAAGUAUUCGUGUACUCUCCUCAGGUAUACUCGCGAAUAAAGGAACGGUUGAAGACACAAGGAGUCUCGGAGCUGUCGGCCGUCGAGCUGAGCAAUUACUUUUCGCCGUGGUACGCGGAGCAUAUGGGUUCCAUACAAUCGGCGAGCGGCAAUCGUAGCGUGGAGGCAUGGGCCGUGCAACGUCUUCGGGUGCAAUACUACAUCUUCACUUACGCCAGUUUGCUAAAGUUGCACGGCGACACGGCGUUGCUCAAGCAACUGGACAGCCUGUUGGGCGAUGAAGCGUUACUGCAAUUACAAUUACGAACAUUGGCGCCCGCUUUCAAGGAUCCGAAAAGACGUCAGUGGUUUCUGGAAGUGAUCGACAACUAUUUCAAGCUCUGGGAGGUAAACAUGUGAUGGCGUAACGCGCGUUGGUUGCAGACGGACUGAAAGCAUUUAAGAAUAUCGUCGCUCGCGCGCUUGACGUUGAACGACAAGUACGUAUAUCAGUGUGAGAAUGUAUAAGUGACACUGAUAAUUUUCGGCGUGGUGUGGAGAUCCACGGGAAUGUCCCUGGGAAUGAUCGCGACGAUCCAGCGCCUGUCGUGACUCAUCGACGCCUGACUAUAAAGGUUCCUCGGACGGAUAUAUCCUUCUGCCACAUAUAUACAAUAAUGCACAAAUGCUGUUAUUGUUAUAAAUAAGUAUUUAUUAUUGUAAUCAUUAGAGAACUUCUUUAUACAAAAUGUUUUUAAUAUAUCACAAGCAUUAUUCGUAUGAUCUGACUGAAGAACGUGGUAUCGCAGUACCGUAAGUUCUUUACUCGAAAUCGAUCCAUUGACGUACAAAAGAGAUAGUGACAUAUAUAUUUUAUAUAUGGAAAAAGAUUUGUGCGUUUUGUUUAUUUAACCCGAUAUGCAUUGUACAUGCAAAUCGGGUCAAUGGAUCAUUAUUUCGCUUCAAAUGCGAAUUAAUAUGUAAGUAAUGUAACUAUGAUAAGUCCUGUUGUUUUUUGUAUAACCAGAGAAUGUUUUCUCUUAUACAUUUCUUCAUACAAAUUGUUAAAAGAUGAUGUAUUCAUAGAUGAAUUUAUAUUGGAACUAUGAAUCAAUAUUAUAAGAAAUUUUAUAUUAAGUACUCAACAAAUCGAUUUUGGUAUUGCAAAACAGUUUGACUGGGUAUAAACAACUUUUUCUCUCUUUCUCUCCUUUGCCUCCUUCUUGCAAAAUGAUUAUGAUAGCGUCCGCGACAAUCCUUGCCCUGUUUUAAUAUUUUGAUUUGCAGGUGUUUGGAAUAAACAGUA